AUGCUUCACGACAGUGUCGUAAAUCAUGAUAACACAACGUUACUCAUGGAAACGAGCUCGAGGAUGGUGGUUUGUUUACACUCUUGGGGAGCUAACAGCUACGGACAGCUGGGACAGGGACAUGUGGAGGACCUGUCGGAGCCCCGGCUUUCUAACACAACUGCUCUACAAAACAAGGCUGUUCGGGCUCUAUGCGGCGGCGGGGGACACUCCGUAGUUAUCACCGAGAAUGGAGAGGUGCUUGUGUGCGGACAGAAUGACAGAGGCCAGCUGGGACUUGGCCACAAAGCAGACAUGUCAACUUUUCAACUCUGUCCCAGCCUGACACAGAGGAUCACAAAAGUAGCUUGUGGUUGGGAUUUUACUCUUCUUCUCACUGAUUGUGGUCGAGUACUAGCCUGUGGUUCUAACGCAUUUGGACAGCUAGGUGUUGGAAAAACAGUCACACACUCUGCAGAUCUACUGGUUGUUGAGAGUCUGAAGGAGCCAGUGGUGAGUGUUGCAGCAGGACUUAGACAUUCACUAGCUGUUACUGACCCAGGCUGUGUAUAUCAGUGGGGAAGUGGUCUUUUCAGUCACGCUAAGAGAGCGCUCAGUCCACGUUCUGUCCCACCACAUCUCAGCUCUACAGUGCCCUCUCUGGUCCCAGGUUUGGAUCAGAAGACCUCACACAUGGUAACCGCAGGCUCAGUGCACUGUAUGUGCCUUACAGGAGGCGGUGAUUUAUUUCUGUGGGGAAGCAACAAGCACGGCCAGCUGACCACCACAGACCCCUUCCUGUCCUCUCCCACUCUUGUGAAGCGCUCACUGCUGGGCGGAGAGAAAAUUAUCCAUGUGUGGAGCGGCUGGACGCACACUGUUGCUCAAACAGAGGGUGGGAGAGUGUUCACAUGGGGCAGAGGAAAUUAUGGACAGCUGGGACAACGAGCCGUACCCAGCCAGAACUCAGAGCAGCAGUCAACUGGUCCUUCAGUAGAAGGUGGAAACAAGGAGGCUUCCCUCCCUGCAGAGGUUCAAGCUCUCCAUGGAGCGACACAGAUUGCAUGCGGAUCCGAACAUAACCUUGCCAUUGUAGGGGGGCGUCUUCUCUCCUGGGGCUGGAACGAACACGGGAUGUGUGGAGACGGUUCACAGAGCGACGUCUUUCAGCCGCAGCUCGUUUCUGGUCUUAGACCUCUCCUCAUUGGCUGCGGAGCUGGACACUCUAUGGCAGUGUGUACUGCGACGACUGACUCAAGACAAAACUCUGCAACGACUCCACCUCCGUAACAUCCAAUCAUUUAUUCAGCAUGAAGCAAUCGAAGACAAGAAGGAAAACAAUAACUUUGAGAAAUAAUAAUCUAACUGAUUAAGUGGCUUUUUGGUCCUUUGCACAGCCCAAUUACUUUGAAGUGCCUUUCAAUCUACUGUAACUUUCACCUUCUAAAAGGCUACUUGAGUUCAGGCUCUAACCUGCAGUCGUCAUAAAUACUGUGAUGUGGUUGGACACAGCCUGAGUUAUGUAACAUGUGGACAGAGGCCAUCAUUUCUCUGACCAGCCCAUCACUUUGAUGGACGUGAUUGAGGCUUUGCAGGACAUGGCCAUGCCUAUGGCUCCUGGUCCACCUAUCGUGUUUGUCUUCCUGAAGGAAGCCGUUAUGGAUCAUAUGAGGGAUGGGCCAGACUGGUGCUAUAGCUCCAUCUUCCCAUGUCAGCGGUUUUAUUGCUGUGAUCUUGAGUGUCAGAAAGCAGUCAAUCUCUGCACUUCUUACUGAAAAUCUCAUGAUUUACCACUUAAACAUACAGUGCAGUAUUUUAUUCUUUGUCAGCUGUCCAUCACUUAUUUAUAUUCUUGGCUGUGUCAUAUUCUGUGAUGUUCUGUUUGCCUCGUUUGCACAACUUUCGUACUGUAUCCUUCAUUAAUCUCUCUUGGGGGAAAUUCGUCCGCUGCGUUUGACCCAACCUACAUAUUUAUAAGCUUUGGGCGGCUGCAGUGCAGCACCUGGGGACCAACUGCAGGUCUGAAGCCACUGCUGUGGUCAAAGGCAUUGGCAUGACUCAGAAUCGCUCAUUGAUGCAAUUUAUUUAAACGUGUUUAUUUGUAUCUUUAUGAUCUAUGCAAAUUAAAUAUGAAAACACUGUAUCACUAAAAUUAUGCAUUAAUGAAAGUUUAAUGUCCUUACACCUGGAUUAGUUUGAAAAAAAAAAAAAAUCAAAACUCGUUGAAAAAUGA